UUGGGCUAUACUAAUAGCACAAUGCUCUGACGUUGGGGUAGAAUUUGUAGAUUGAUAUUAAGGGAGCAGCUCUUUAGUUGAUGUUUAAAUCAAGCUAAAACGAAAAUGUUAACUUCAAACGUGACUCAAACGUUACUCCCUGUAGGGGAUAUUGAAAAAGAACGACCGAACACUAAUAUAACUGUAGAUUCGUAUGAUUUAAUCACAAUUAAUGUUGGGGGAGUUAAACAUGAAGUUCUUCGCUCCACUUUACAACGAUUUCCAGGAACUAGACUGGCAAAUCUGAACAACGACAUAGCACGUGAAGAAAGUGACUUCAUUGCUUCAAGGGGUGAAUUUUAUUUUGAUCGACAUCCGGGUAUGUUUACGACAAUCCUCAAUUAUUAUAGGACUGGGGAACUGCAUAUGGACAGAAACACAUGCGGGUGUGCACUGGCUC